AUGCAGCACUACAGUCCCAACGAAAUUAUGAAUACUGAUCAAGUUGGAUUAGAAAAGGAAUUGCAUUCGAGUCGCACAUUGAGCUAUCAAGGUGAAAAAUCGACAGUGUCUGCUGUAAAAUCUCAAAAUGCAAUUAGUCACUCUUAUACUCUACAAUCAACAAUAAAUCUAGCCGGUGAAGUAGUAGGACCUAUUUAUUUAUGUCUCAAUGAGCCUACUGGGCGGAUCAGUGAAAAUGUUCAAGCCAAAAUGUUCCAACCCAGUAAUGUUGUCAUAACGUGUAGCAAAUCUGGAAAACUAACUAAAUCACUCGUUCAUUACUGGAGAGAUAAAGUUCUCGCUGCCAUUGUUCACAAAAAGUGUCUUCUUCUUUCGGACGCCUGGCUUGGACAAGGCGAUGAAGAGAUAUACAAGAGAGUACCAGGAUGUAAACGUCUUGUUAUUCCGAAGAAGACCACUGAUAAAAUUCAACCACUCGAUGUUUUCCAUAACAGACAAAUGAAAUCAAUUAUACGCCAUGCUUACGAUCGCGUUAUGCUGGACCAACUUCCGAUUUCCAUGAGCACGCGGAACAAUAUUAUUCGACUAGUUUCACUAACACACAGUCAAAUGUCCUCUAAAAUCUUUCAUGGGUUAAUUCGCUAUGCAUGGUUUGCUAGCGGAUAUACCGACAAACAUCCUGGAGAUUUUAAAACGGUUGAUCAGAACCGUGGGCACGAAUCCUUUUGGGGUUUUGCUAGUCCCAAUGAGGUCUACUUGUGGGCAAAGUAUGGGCCUUAA